CGCAUGUCUUCUUAUACAUAAGUUUUGAUAAUUCUCACCUUUUAAAAUAGAGCUGUAAAAUAACAAAGUUAAAUUAGAAUACUGUGAUUGUAAAAUUAUAGCUUAUAUAAAAAUUGAAUCUUGAAUUCAUAAAGUCAAUUGGUAUCCGAAUCAUAAACUAAUUGAAUUGGAUGCUUUUACCAAACCAAUUUAUUUAACCAAUUUAUACAAAUUCAUAUCAUUAUUAUAUUAGUUUUAUAGUUGGUAGCGCAGAGAGGGACCUUUAUGCAGGUAUUAAUAUUAAUAUAGACGAACCAGCAGAAAUAAAGCAGAUACCGUAUUUUGCUAAUAUCUAUAGUUAAAUCAGUGUUAUUACUAAAAAUGAAUAUGUAUAGUAUGUCAUUAAGACAAGGGUUAAAAUCAAUCAUUCAGACGCGUAAUUAUGCUGCUGGAGCCACUAUAAAAUAUGGUAAGACUGCUACAGCUUCUAAACCAAGAACUGCUUAUACUUCUUCUCGAAUUUCAAGUGUUAGAUCUAGUACUACUACACCUAAAGUAGUAUCAGAAGCUACCCCAGAAGCCACUCAAUCAUCUUCCAUUGGUGAAGAGAAUUCUGUUGCUAAAGUUGAGAAAGAAGUUAAAGUGCAACCAAGUUCUACUUCAUCAAAAACCCUCACUUUUAAUGAUACUCCUGUUUUCAAUAUGCCAGUUCAAAACCCCAACGAACCUAUUAACUGGUCUGAUUCAUUUUUUGGAUUAGGUUCAAGUUCAUUUUCUCGUGAAAUAUCGGAUAUUUUACUUGCUCCACUUGCUAAUGAAGAUAUUGAAAUUACUCCUGAUGGAUUAUUAUAUUUACCUGAAAUUAAAUAUAGAAGAAUUUUAAAUCGUGCAUUUGGUCCUGGGGGAUGGGGUUUAGCACCAAGAACUGAAACUUUGAUUACUCCCACACAAAUCAGUCGAGAAUAUGGUCUUAUAUGUCACGGUAGAUUAAUAGGUGUUGCUAGAGGUGAACAAGAUUACUUUGGUGGUGACAGUAAAGUCACCACUGCCUUAGAGGGUUGUAAAAGUAAUGCUUUAAUGAGAUGUUGUAAGGAUUUAGGUAUAGCAAGUGAAUUAUGGGAUCCACACUUUAUUAGAGUUUGGAAAAAGAAAUUCUGUGACGAAGAAUUUACUGAACAUGUUGUUACUAAGAGAAAGAAGAAGAUGUGGAAAUUAAAGACUAGAACCUUUGAAUAUCCUUAUAAAAAAGCUUAGACUUGUUUGUUUAGUUUCUUCUUUGUAUAUAGAGUAUUUACUAUUUGUUUGUAAAUUUCAGAUUGUUUCAUAUAAGAACGAUAAUU